AUGGCCACAGAUUCAAACAUCCAGCCAAAACCCUGGACUUGGACAUGCCACAAAUGCCUCCGACGCUACUCCAUGGGCUGCACGCAAAGAUGCCUCCAGUGCGGCCACAAAAUCUGUUACUCGGAAAAGAACACUGUACAGUCUAUCUGCAGUAUUCAAUUCGAUUUCCGCGCCUGGGAGCAAAUCUACAACGCGCGUCGUAGCAGAUUGCUUCAGCAGAGUUCCCCAACCGAAGAUGCUCCCAUGAUGGCCGUGGAUGAAGAAACCCCGAGGCAGCAAGAGCGCGAGCGGCUCCACAAGAUGCUCGACGGCACAUCCAGCUGCUUCACAGACUGCAGACUCCCCAGCGAGUGUUUCGUCACGAUGGCACUCAACGAAAUGUCCAAGCCUGCCAACCAGAGGCCAUCGUCGUCGUCGUCAGAGCCCACAAGCGAAAAGCCCCUAAAGACACCAAAAAAGGCUAAGAAAUACAAACGUCAACGCCGCAGAAACUUCCGAAAGAUGCCGUCCCCUUUGAGCCAGGAAUGGCACAUUGAUGAUAUCUUGGAUGAGGAAGUAGAUGACGACGCUGUGAUUGAAGGUGAAGAGGAGAGGAUGGAGGUGGCGGAGGGCAUGGGGGAGGGCGGGGGAGGAGAUGAGGGGGGAGAUGUGAGGACGAGGGAGGAUCAGGAGCGAGAGAUAGAGUUGCAAUUUGCGAUUCGAUAG